AUGCCGGGCUGGUACUGGUGCAUUAUGAAAGGAUGCAAGUCGGGUCAGCAGAUCGCUCCAGGUACAGGCAAGUUCGAAUGUGUGCAGUGCAAGCAGACGCAUUGCGUGAAGCACAAUGUGCCAUGGCACAAGGGGGUGACCUGCAAACAAUAUGAGCAGAUGAAGAAGAAGACGGCCCACAAACAAGAAGAGGAAGCGACCAAGAAGUAUCUGAAGGAGAAAGCCAAGCACUGCCCAGGCUGCAAACGCCCCAUCGAGAAGAUCAAUGGCUGCGACCAUAUGACUUGUAGGCCUUAA